UUGAACGUUAAGGUUCUGAGCUUCUUCAGUUUUAAUGUGUCUUCAGUGUCUGAAUUGUUUAAAUCAUGGAUCCACUAUUGUUUAUUUGGUUAUUUUUAUUGAGUGAAGGAAUUUUUCAAGUUUAUUCCUUAGAAGAAACAACUAACUGUCGAAUCCACAAUCACUUAUUUGUGUGUAUUAACAAUGAAAAUGCUCUUCAAAAUGUAAUCUUUGAAGACGUGAAUGCUGUACAAACGAUUGACGAUAUUGAAUUACAUUUAGAAAAUUUAAAUAUCGUUACAUUGUUGGAAAAAUCUUUAACAGAUGUCAAGAAUUCAACUGCUUUGUAUUUGUCUGAAAAUAAGCUUUCUGUAAUAACUAGAUUUUUCUUCCAAUGGUUGGACCAAUUGACUUAUCUUGAUUUAAGGAAUAACAUAAUCAACAAUAUUGAAGAUGGAGCUUUUUCGAAAUUGACUAAUUUAGAAACAUUACUUCUUGAUGGUAAUUAUAUUUCCAAACUUGGACCAACAACCUGGAAGGGUCUAGUCAAUCUUCAUGAAUUAUAUAUAACAAAUAACACAAUUAUUUUAAGAAAAAAUAUGUUCAAAGGAUUGAAGCAAUUGGAAACAUUGGCUUUGGAUUCAAAUGAAAUUUCUGAUAUCCCUUUAGGAACUUUCAAUGGCAUUUCUCACAUUGAUUUACUCUACUUAUCAAGAAAUGAAAUUUCAUCUCUUCAUUCAGACAUUUUUAAAGGAUUACAUCAAAUCAACGAACUGGAUCUUUCAAAAAAUAGGCUUAGUUCAAUUCCUAAUGGACUCUUUCGUAACAUGAAAUCCUUGGAUUCACUUUGGCUUAAUGAUAAUCAUCUUAUCAACAUUCAAGCUGAAGCUUUUGUUGGUUUAGAAAAUCUUUUAUUUCUUUUUUUAAGUGGAAAUGAACUUGAGUCUAUCGAUAUGUCCAUUUUUAUGAAUAUGAAAAAUGUUUCUGUGGAACCUGGAUUCAUAAUUGAUGGCUCACUAGCCACAAACUUGACAAUUCUUCGUGGAAUUUUACGAUGUGAAAGCAUGGGAAGUCAAGAUCCUUAUAAUUGUGAAGAAAUUUAAUUAUUUUACAAGUGUUUUAAAAAAAAAGGCACUUAAUUAUAAACAAUACAUAGCACUUUUGUAUUUUUUUAUUUUAUUGAAGAAUAUUCUGAAUAUAAAUCCAACACGACAACUAAACAUCUAACUUCCUACUGAAGCAUUUGUGUUUGUGCAGGAGUGUUCAAAGGUUACCGACAAGAU